AUGCAAAAGUCAACUCUGAAAAAGCAGUCGGAAAGUGAAGCGUCUGAUAAUCCUCCGGAAGGAGGAGAUGUUUUUGGAGCCGAUAAGAAAGCAGCGGAAGGUGGUGGUGGCCCUGCACCACCGAAACCACCUGCUCAGGGAGGGCAAAUGGCUGGCACGUACGAUCCCAACUACCAAACAUUGGCUGGUAUCGGUGGUGAUGUCUUUGGUGCUGAUAAGAAAGGAGGUGGUGGUGGUGGAGGGGGAGCUCCUCCAGGUGGAGGUCCCAAAGCGCCUGCUGCUGGUGGUCAAAUGGCAGGUACCUACGAUCCAAACUAUCAGACUCUCGCCGGCAUUGGCGGUGAUGUGUUUGGAGCAGACAAGAAAGGCGCUGGAGGC